CUACGGUCGACCCGGUCAUUGACGGACGGCGCUCUCCGAAAACGCGUUUCUUUCGUGGACGGAAGCGUACGGCUGGAGGUCACGCGCCACCGGCUCCAGCGUUUCUCUCUAUCUGCGGUCUUCCCUUCUUAUCCAUCAUCACCCGUUCCCCUCAAGCUAGGAGGAAUCAGAGAGAUAGAAAGGGCGAGAGGCCAAUGGUGAGAUACUGCCAGCUUCGAUCCGCCGUCGAUUUGGUUUUAGAGCCAGACUAGAGAGAGAGAGAGAGAGAGAGAGACGGAGGCUAACGAUGAGAUACUGCAGGUUCAAUGCAGGCUUCGAUCCGCCCUCGAUUUGCCUUAGAUCCAGAGGCAACCUUUUCCCCUGAUUCCUGAAACUUUUCACUCGUUGCCUGGGCGUGGAGGUCGUAUCGAUUUCUACCUCCUAUCCUGAGCAAUGCCACGGCGGUUUCCUGGUUGAUCGAUCAGUAUGUCAUCCAGAUAUGCGUUCAUCGGAUUGUUGAUGCUGCUUACGUACUGACAUAAAGGUGCAAGGGCGAAUUUGAGGAGGAGGAGGAGGAGGCCAUGACUCUGAUGAGGCUCGAUAGGUGCCGAUGCAAAUGCUGGUGGACCUUUUCCUCUUCAGCCCCUCUCUCUCCCACUACGACCACGAUUCUUCUCCCGAAGAAUCGUCUGCAUGUUUGGUUCUUCGGGGUGUGCUCAAGCAUCCUGGUGUGGACGUGCCUGGUUCAGCUGGUGGCCCUGGGGAGGCUCUGGCAACCUCAAUUGCCUAAGGGAUGGCAUGCCUGCUUCAGCUUCAGGGGCUUCCCCAAUCAGUUGGUGAAGAUCACGCUUGCCGGCGACUCGGUUGCCCCGUCUUGUCCCUAUUUUUCUUCUCUCUCUUCUUCUUCCUCUGCUGCUGCUGCUGCUGCUUCUUCACGUGCCAAAUCCCAUCCUUGGAGAAUCUAUAAAAGUAAUGGAUAUCUUAAAGUGUCCUGCAAUGGUGGACUCAAUCAAAUGCGUGCUGCGAUUUGUGAUAUGGUCACUGUUGCCCGUUAUUUAAACUUGACUCUGCUUAUCCCAGAGCUUGACAAGGGCUCAUUUUGGGCAGAUCCUAGGUAUAUUUGUCCACUUCGACAAGUUUGUGUUCCAUUAAUAGCAAGAAAUUUAUAUUUUCCAUAUUUAAUUACUACCUGUGUCUGUGCCAUUUGCAGCUCCUUUGAUGAUAUUUUUGAUGUGAAUUAUUUCAUCCAUGCAUUGAGGAAUGAAGUUCGUAUCAUAAGAAAGCUUCCAAAUAAACUCAGAGGAAAUGCUAAUUUUCAUGUUAUGCGGCCAGUAAGCUGGUCAAAUUUGACAUACUACAUGCAACAGAUUUUACCACUUUUUAGCAAGUACAGAGUAAUUAAUUUUAACAAGACAGAUGCACGGUUAGCAAAUAAUGGACUUCCAGCUGAGCUUCAGAAACUCCGGUGCCAUGUUAAUUUUCAGGCACUAAAGUUCAACCGCCGAAUCGAGGCUCUAGGGAGGAAACUGGUAAAAGUCCUCCAUGCAAAGGGACCAUUUGUUGCAUUACACUUGAGAUAUGAAAUGGACAUUCUAGCAUUCUCUGGUUGUACCCAUGGUUGCUCUGAAGAAGAAGCAGAAGAACUGAAGAGGAUGAGGUAUGCAUAUCCAUGGUGGAGGCAGAAAGAGAUUGUUUCUGAAAAAAGAAGACUAGAGGGUUUGUGCCCUCUUACUCCAGAGGAGGCUACACUAACCUUGCGUGCACUAGGUUUUGGAAAGGAAACACAGAUAUAUGUUGCUUCUGGUGAAACCUAUGGGAGUAAACGAAGGCUUUCAGCAUUACAUGCUGCUUAUCCUCACAUUGUGAAAAAGGAGAUGCUACUUGAUUCUGAAGAAUUAAAGCAAUUCCGCAAUCAUUCUUCCCAAAUGGCCGCACUGGAUUAUCUUGUCUCCGUUGGAAGUGAUAUAUUUAUUCCUACCUACGAUGGAAACAUGGCAAAACUGGUUGAAGGCCAUCGCAGAUAUUUGGGUUUUCGAAAAACCAUUUUGCUAGAUCGAAAGAAACUAGUGGAGUUUCUAGAUUUGCGCCAAAAUGGCACACUUUCAUGGGAGGAGUUUGUUGUUGCGGUUCGUCAGAUGCACAGACAACGAAUGGGUCAACCUGUUUUGCGCAGAAUAGUACCAGACAGACCGAAGGAAGAAGACUACUUCUAUGCAAAUCCUCAGGAAUGCCUCUGCUACACUUCAAAUUGUGAAGCCAAUAAUAUUUCAGCGUCUGAUUUCUAGUUAUUUGAUGGAGGUCACACGACCUAGGCUACAAAUGUAUUUAGUAGUAUAUACUAUAUAGUUAAUUCCAGAUUUUGACAGAAGCCAGGUCUGUCAUUCAUAUCAAACUUCAUUGAUGCAGCUUACCAAGUGUCUUGUAUCUAGUUAGUUCCCAAUGCGUCUUUAGCUGUGGAAUCAAAUGAAGAUAUUUUUAAUCCUGCUGGCAAAUUGUACAAAGAAAGCUAAUCCAGAGAAGUUCCUUAUUUUCA